CAUUCAACCUGUGUAUGGAGCACAGCAUCCUCCGCUGGAUCCCCGGCUCACUAAAAACUUCAUCAAGGACCGCUCCAAGGCCAAUGCGCUGCCUAUGAAAAGCAAGAAGGCCUCCAGCUUUCACGAGUUUGCCCGCAACACCAGUGAUGCCUGGGACAUCGGUGAUGAUGAAGAUGAGGACUUCUCUUCAUCUUCUUCCUCUUUGCAAACUCUGAACUCUAAAGUGGCCAAGGCCGCAGCAGCUCAGGUUCUGGAGAACCACAGCAAGCUGCGGGCGAAACCUGAGCGGGCUCAGUCUGCCCUCAGCGACAUGCCCACCAACUGCAAAGUCAUCAAGUCCAGCAGCGAGGCCCAGCUCUCCAGGACAUCUGAGGAGGCCUGUGUGCGGAACCCCCUUCAGAAGCAGCAGUCCCUUCCCCUUCGGCCCGUCAUUCCACUUGUCGCCCGGAUCUCUGACCAAAAUGCUUCAGGUGCUCCCCCCAUGACAGUGAGGGAGAAAACUCGCCUGGAGAAGUUUCGGCAGCUCCUUUCCAGCCACAACACGGACCUGGAUGAGCUGAGGAAAUGCAGCUGGCCUGGUGUGCCCAGAGAGGUCCGGCCCGUGACGUGGCGUCUCCUCUCAGGUUAUCUCCCUGCAAACAUGGAGCGGCGAAAGUUGACUUUGCAGCGCAAGCGGGAGGAAUACUUCGGCUUCAUCCAGCAGUAUUACGAUUCCCGGAACGAGGAGCACCAUCAAGACACCUACCGACAGAUCCACAUUGACAUUCCAAGGACCAACCCGCUCAUCCCCCUUUUCCAGCAGCCACUUGUCCAGGAGAUCUUUGAAAGAAUCCUGUUUAUCUGGGCCAUUCGACACCCAGCCAGCGGCUAUGUACAGGGAAUCAAUGACCUGGUCACUCCGUUCUUUGUUGUGUUCCUCUCUGAGUAUGUUG